ACAACAAACAAAAAGCAUGAUGGCAGGCGAUUUAUCCGCGACUGAGUUAGGGAAACUUCGAAAUAGAUUUAAAAGAGAUGCAGAACUUCUUUUACAGCCGGUUUCGGAAGAGGAAGAAAAGAGUAACGAGCUGUUUCCUCAGACGGCAAGAUCAAAGGGUAAAGAGAGAGCAGAUUCCAAACCACUCCCACGCUUUAAUCGACACAACAUAUUCUGGGUUUUGGCUUCCGUCGGUUUGACCUACUACAUUGAUUUUUUCAGAGUCAUCCUGGAAAGCGAAGAUAUUAAAAGCUGGUGGUUUAAUGUGGGCCUGGUGUUGUUGGGUGUGUGCCUGAGCCUCGCCACAUUCUGCAUCGUGUAUCUGGAGUGGUUCAAAGGAAUUCAGCAUUAUGAUCAGGAAUACCCUGCGAUUCCGCCAAUCACCACCGCCGCGUUCAUCGCUGCCUCCUUCAGUUUUAACAUUGCACUGUGGCCAGUGUGGUCCUUCUUCACUCCUGUGAUUCUCUUCACUCAGUUUAUGGGAGUCGUGAUGAUAAUCUCACUACUUGGAUAAAGGCAAGAACACGUGCACAGAAAAUUAUAUUCCCAAUCUUGUGAAAUAACAGUGCUUUUUGCAGACCAUUUGGUUUUCGCUACGACUGAGCGUCUUUGUCUGCGCGUAUAUCUGAUGAUAUUGUCUUUGUGCUGUAUGAACUCUGCAGACUUUUCAUUUUCAGAAGACUAUGCCACAGAUCCCACUCCAGCCAUGUUUUCUCUUUUAUAUUCCAUUUUUUAAUCUUUGAAUUUGUAUGUAACUUAUUUUAGAUGUAUAUUUCCCCAUAAAAAUCUCCGUCUAACAAAAUAAUGCAAGUGAAUUAAUUGAAUUUUCAAAUAAAAAAAUCCAUUUCAAUCA